AUGACUUACGGACUGGUGGUUCUCACUUCUGGGUUUACAGGUUUGCUCAGCUUCAGCCUCCUCGCUGUGGCUAUUGGGACCGAUUACUGGUACAUUAUCGAUGUGAAUAAACCCAACUGCACAGGUUCCGACGACCUGAGUUCCCAUUCUGGAUUGUGGAGAAUCAAUGAAGGAGCAAACAUGAGAUCAGUCAUCCCAUCUUUCACUGCAAAUAUGUCCAGCCUGUCAGAAGUGGAAAGGCACCUUCUUGGCUUGCACAAGGUGGUGGUGAUCAUGUUGCCCCUCAGCCUGGUCCUGCUGGUGUUCGGCUGGGUCUUUGGACUUGUCAGCUCCUUGGCCUGCAGUCCCAACUUGCUGGCUGGAUCAGCAUCAUAUGUUCUCUUCUGUAGUCUUUUUACCCUCACGGGGGUCAGCAUCUACAUCAAAUACUCAAACCUAGCCAUGGAGGAAUUCGUGCAGAUCGUUUCCCCAGAGAACCUCGCCCAUGUGAACGUGUCCUUCGGCUGGUCCUUAGCCACAGCCUGGCUCUCCUACAGCCUGGAGGUGGCCACCGGCCUGCUGCUCCUGCUGGCUGCCAGAAUAACUCAGAUGAAGGGACGCUAUGACUCUGGUGUAGCCAUCGCCAUGUUAUAG